AUGCAGGUUCAGUAUCCGGAACAGUUAGAUAAUGUUGCUGAGGAGCACAAGCCUCAGGAUCAGGAAACGAAAGACCAAUGUGCAACGAGGAGAAACAGGACGUCGUAUACAUUGGCGCAGGUUACAUCGCUCGAAGGGUUAUUCGGCAGAGCUAAGUAUUUGAGCCGCUACCAUCGAAUUCUAGUGUCACAGCAGUUGAAACUAACGGAGCAACAGGUGCGAGUGUGGUUUCAAAAUCGUAGAAAAAAGUUCAAGAAAGACUACGAAAACUGCCCUGAUACCCUGAACCUCCUCCAAACGAGUAAAGUACUGCGAUCCACGGAUAUCGAUGAUAAGGAAUUGCUCCAAGUCGAGCAGCCAUCUAACGGUCAGCAAGAGCCGUUGCUUCCGCAUCAUCAUCAGCAAACACUUAUUCCCCAUCAGCAGAUGCAGCAACCAAUGAUGCCACAACAGCCAAUGUAUUACCCUGAAAUGCAGCGGAGACCAUCGGUGCAUCCAUACUUUCCGGCAAAUCAGCAGCUUGGAGUAGUUUUGCGGCGUGUGCCGCCUCUUAUGAGCUCCGGAGCCCCAGUAGCUGUUAUUCGAGCCAGUGAUUUGUACCGCGAUUCGUUUGCUCCUGAUUACGCCAGCAGUUGCAGAUUCAAAUUAAAUGUGGAGCCGAUGCAUCUGCAACAGCUCAAGCAACAACUGUAUCCAUCAGUUCAGAUGAUUCAGCCGCAGCAGCAUCAGCAGCUGCAAAUAUUCCCUGAAGAUUAUCGAAUGAGUACAUUAGCUAAAACACUUACAAGAGUAUAA